GAGGGGGUGCAGGGUGUCCUAGAUUUUUGCCAGGAAUUCAGUCACCGUCAGAAACAAUGGGUGGAAUACAAGCUCUUCGUCUCUUCUUUAUGCUCUCCUCUCUUCUUCAAAUCACACUUUGCAAAAAUGUAUUUGUUGACAGACAGUCGGCUUCUCAAGUCUUCCUCCGUGCGAGGAGAGCAAACUCUUUCCUGGAGGAGGUAAAACCAGGCGAUCUGGAGCGAGAAUGCUUGGAAGAGAUAUGUGACCACGAGGAAGCUCGAGAAGUUUUUGAGCAGACUGAACUCACGACCAAAUUUUGGAACAAAUAUAAAGAUUGUAACGGUGAUGGACCCAGAGACAUUGAUGGUUUGCAAGCAUUGAGGACAUGCUUGGCUGGGAAUUGUUCAGCUGGCACUGGUGGGAACUAUAUGGGUGACCGCUCUGUAACUGUAUCAGGACGGCAGUGUCAGUACUGGUCCAGCAAAUUCCCACACAGAAUCACGGAAUUUAACGUUUCACUUGAUGCAACCCUGAAAGAGAACUACUGUCGGAACCCAGACAACAGUCCUACAGGGCCCUGGUGUUACACCCGGGAUGCCACUGUCAGGAGAGAGCCGUGUGCAGUCCCAGUGUGCGGUCAGCCUUUUGUGCCUCCCCCAACACCUGCUGUCACAGAUACGAAAGAGGUACACGUAAAGAAUGACUGCUUGGCCAACAACGGCAUGGACUACACAGGAGAUCUCUCGGUCACCAUGAGGGGCUUCAAGUGUCUGCCCUGGAAGUCCCCUGUGGCAGUGGGUCUCAGUGCAGGGAAAGAUUUCCUUCCGGAAGUCGAGCUGGUGGGGAACCACUGCCGAAACCCAGAUGGGGACCUGGAAGGGCCCUGGUGCUUUGUGGACAAGCCCAACAUCACCAUGGACUACUGUGACCUGGAGCUGUGUGAUGAACCCAUUGAUGAUUAUGACACAACCCGAGAAAGGGCGGUGGGCGGAGGGGCAAAAAAAUCCUUUUUUAGCCCCAGAACCUUUGGCCAGGGAGAACUGGUGUGUGGAGUGCGACCCAAGUUCGAGAAGGAAAGGAAACAGGACGACACCGAGGAGGAGCUGCUGGAGUCAUACCGGGGAGCCAGAAUUGUGAAAGGCAAAGAGGCACAAAUAGGGAGCGCACCAUGGCAGGUGAUGCUCUACAAGAGGAGCCCCCAGGAGCUGUUGUGUGGAGCUAGCCUCAUCAGCGACGAGUGGAUCCUCACCGCCGCCCACUGCAUCCUCUACCCGCCCUGGGGCAAGAACUUCACCGUCAACGACAUCCUCGUCCGCCUCGGCAAGCACCUGCGUGCCAGAUUCGAAAGAGACACAGAGAAGAUUGUGGCUAUUGAUAAAAUCAUUGUCCACCCGAAAUACAACUGGAAGGAGAACCUUAACCGGGACAUCGCCCUCCUGCACUUGAGAAAAGCCAUCACCUUCUCCGAUGUGAUCCACCCCAUCUGUCUCCCAACAAAGAAAAUCGUAAAGACCUUGAUGUUCGAAGGCUAUAAAGGGCGUGUCACAGGCUGGGGGAACCUGUAUGAAACGUGGUCUUCCUCUCCACACUCACUGCCCUCCACUCUGCAGCAGAUCCACCUUCCCAUAGUGGACCAGGUCACCUGCCGGAGGUCCACCUCCAUCCAUGUCACUGAUAACAUGUUCUGCGCAGGGUACAAGCCUGAGGAUGAAAAAAGUGGUGAUGCGUGUGAAGGUGACAGUGGUGGUCCUUUCGUCAUGAAGAGUCCAGAUGAUAACCGCUGGUACCAGGUUGGUAUCGUGUCAUGGGGAGAAGGAUGUGACAGGGAUGGGAAAUAUGGAUUUUACACCCACUUGUUCCGUAUGAGGAGGUGGAUGAGGAAGGUCAUUGAAAGAACAGGAGAAGAUGAUGAGCAGUAGGCUUCAUAAUUAUUCAAGCAGAAUGAUUAAAAAAAAUAAAGUAUACGUUGGUUAAGAGUUAA